AUGCAGCAUAAGAGUCAUUCGUGCGAAUCGAUUCGGAUAAAAAAGAGUAAAAAUGAACAUAUAUUAAUAGAUAACCAACCUUCUUACCUUUAUUCAUGCUCUACCAACACCAUCAACCAAAAAGAAGGAGAAGAAGUUAUUUGGGUAGAAUUUCAAAAAGAUGAUCCGGAAAAUCCAUUCAAUUUUUCAAAACAUCGUAAAUGGUUAACGACAAUUUUAAUGGCUGCAACUGCAGGUGCUUAUGUUCCAGGAAUAACAAUUUCCCUUCUUGGCGUUUCAAUUUAUGCUUUAGGAUUCGGAAUCACUCCACUUAUCUUGGCUCCAUUCUCAGAAGUUUUUGGUCUCUUUUUUGUUGGAACCGGGCUGGUGAACAACAUGACUGGAAUGCUCAUCUUGCGUUUCUUGCAAGGUGGGUUCGGAAGUACAGGAAGUACGAUGGUGGGAGGAACGAUUGCUGAUAUUUGGGCAACGAGCGAACGUGGAUUGCCCAUGAGCUUGUUCAGCGUCGGUGCAAUCUUUGGAACUGGUUUUGGUCCUUUUUGGGCUGGCUUCGUCGCUGGGAAUCCCAAACUUGAAUGGAGAUGGAUUCAAUAUAUUCAAGCAAUUUAUACUGGUGCAAUAUUUAUCAUCCUCUUGAUCUUCUUGAAGGAAACUCGUGCAAUCCGACUUCGAAAAGAAACGGGCGAUAAACGAUUUAGAGCCAAAGCUGAAGAAGAAAGGGCAUCCAUUCCAAUCUUGAUCAAAAAUAGUCUAACAAGACCUGCAUGGAUGUUAUUCUCUGAACCAAUCGUGUUUGUAUUCUCGUUAUGGAUCUCAUUCUGUUGGGGAAUGAUGUACUGUCUAUUGGAGUCGAUUGGUUUCAUCACGGAACUGCACAACUACACACCCGAUCAAACAGGUUUGGUCUUCUUGACAAUUUGUGCAGGUGCACUCAUCGGAUUCGCUUGCAACUUUUAUCAGGAUCGUCUCUAUUUGAAAAACUUUGAAAAACGAGGUCCAGAGGCACGCUUGUAUGCUGCCUGUGCUGCUGCCAUCCUUUUCCCGAUCGGUUGUUUCAUUUAUGCUUGGACAUCAUACCCUGAUGUUAGUAUAGCCGGACCGGUAGUCGGCAUUACUGCACUCAUGACGGCAGUGUAUACCAUCUAUUUGGCCGUUUUCAAUUACCUUGCAGAUGCUUAUCUCGUUUAUGCAAGUUCUGCUUUAGCCGCUCAAUCGUUUGCAAGAAAUAUGUUUGGUUUCGCUUUUCCGCUUUUUGUUACGCCAAUGUAUCAUAAUCUUGGUUAUACGUGGGCAAUUUUGGGCGUAGUUCCUUUCAUUUUAUUCUUUUAUGGUCAUAAAAUUCGUGCAAAAUCAAAAUUUUCUUUGGAACUUCAAAGAUUACAUGAAGAACAACAAAAACGCUUAAAUCAGCAAAAGUGAGCAUUUUGUCAACAUCAUCAUCAUCAUUAUGUAUUUAUAUUCUCAAUACACAUUUUUUGUCUUCUUUAAUCUAUAUAAUCAAACUGAAAGCCUUCU